GCCGUGCAUCGCGUGCAUUUACCGCGCGUCUACGAAACCGUCAUCAACUAUAGGACGACGACACGUGGAAAACCACGCGCGCGCACGACCCCCGUAAACCGCGGCUCUUAAAUCACCGCGCGAUCUCUCCGCGUUUUCAACUGCGAUAAAUCUCGCGGGAUAAUCGGCGCGAGCUUGCAUCGAGACAGCGAGAAUAACUUCACACUCGGACAGGAAUUCGAGAGAAGAUAAACCGACUGCUCCGGCAUUCUCUUUUUUUUUUUCCCCUCGCACUCCGGACUUGGAGCGAAGAUAAAUCUCAACGCACAGGGAACUUGGUCGCAGCGAUGUGACGACUUGUGAAGCAAUGGCAAAUGAUCCGAGUACGUUGGGAAUCGAUUUGCCGCCGGGAGGCUGCUGAGAUAAAUCGAAAGUGACAAAUCUGACUGUGACUCGGACUCACCUACUUGAGGAGAAAAUGGCAUCGAUGUCAUUUGAACCGUGAUAUCGACGAUAUCGUGGGGGGACACCGUGCGUCGACCGUGACAAACACGGCGGAACAGAUAACUGAAGGACAGAGAGAAAAGACGAGAAAGACGUUCUGUUUGACGCGUCGGCCUGACGUUAGUGAACUGAAUAGUGAACUGAUAAUCAACGAUAUCUACGCAGACUACGUCAAUACAUUAUCAGUGGACAGUUCGUUGGGAGGAGUGACGAAGGAGGGCAUCGCUUGAGAGAAUCUCACGUCCAAGGAGGUGCUCGGCUGCCGACGUUGCGUGGCGUAAUCUAAUCAAGACUGACUGUCAGGCGGCAGUUAUGCGAGCUACGCAACUAUGAGUCGAACGUCCUUGAACAUGAGAUCGGUGCGACGGACGAAGCUGUUCCCAGCACGAACGAUGACGAGUCUGUUGAUGUUGUUGGUGUCCGUGACGAUGCUGUCGCAUGUACAUUCGGAAUUGCAUGUACAAUCGGCGAUAAGUCCGGUAGGUAGCGUCGUCGGAUCGGGGUCGGGCAUUUCGUCAUCCUCAUCUUCGUCCGGCGGUUCCGCGUCCUCAUCGUCGUCGGUGAGCGGCGUGGUGUCGGACAGCAGCUCGAAUCCCGAUGGCAACGGGGUGGGCGGCGGCGGCGGCGGCGGCGGCGGCAACGGCGUGCUCGGUGGCAUCGGCGGUGGCAUCGGUGACGGCACGCAUUCCGGCAUCGACAAGCCCAAGGGAAACGGACGAUGCGAGGAGAUCACGAUCCCAAUGUGCCGCGGUAUCGGCUACAAUCUCACCGCGAUGCCGAACGAGUUGAAUCACGACACGCAGGAGGAGGCCGGCCUGGAAGUGCACCAAUUCUGGCCGCUGGUGGAGAUCAAGUGUUCGCCGGAUCUCAAGUUCUUCCUCUGCUCGAUGUACACGCCGAUCUGCAUCCCGGAGUACACGAAACCGCUGCCGGCCUGUCGCAGCGUGUGCGAGCGAGCGCGCGCGGGCUGCUCGCCUCUGAUGCAGCAGUACGGCUUCUCGUGGCCGGAACGAAUGGCGUGCGAGCGUCUGCCGAAUCACAACGAAGAUCCGGAGAAUCUGUGCAUGGAGCAGGACAACCGCACCAGCAGCACUCAUCCGGGAGCCGGUGCCAGCGGUGGCACGGUGAGCAGCAAUCCGCCGCCGGGACUGCCGGCGCGGCCGACGCGGCCCAGCAAGCCCACACUGACGCCUCGCUGCAAGCCGGGCAAGAACCAAAAAAACUGCCAGCACCCCCCGGGGGAGAGGACAAGGGACUGCGCGUGCAGAUGCAGAGCGCCCCUCGUGCCUCUGGGGGCAGGUGGCGCGCCGAUAACCGGCGUCAGCGGCAGCAUCAUCGGGACCGGCAGCAGCAGCAGCACCGGGGUCAACAGUGGUCUGGCCAGCAUGGCCGUAAGUGGAGUAAUACCGGCGCCGGCGCCGCCGAUGGGAAGCCUCGGUCGAAGCAUCAUCCAGGAGAUCGCGGGGGUGCCGGACUGUGCCCUGCCGUGCCGCGGCGCGUUUCUCACCAACGACGAACGCGACUUCGCGGCCAUAUGGCUGGCACUGUGGAGCGGCCUGUGCGCCGCCAGCACACUCGUAACCAUCACCACGUUCCUGAUCGACACCCAACGUUUCAAGUAUCCUGAGCGUCCGAUCGUCUUCCUCUCGGUCUGCUACUUCGUCGUGGCGGUGGGCUACCUGUCGCGUAGCAUGAUCGGCCACGAGGAGAUCGCCUGCGACGGUCCAGCUCUCAAGUCCGGCGCUCAAGGCCCAGGCGCGUGCGUCACCGUUUUCCUCAUGAUCUACUUCUUCGGCAUGGCGUCGUCCGUGUGGUGGGUGAUUCUCGCAUUCACCUGGUUCCUCGCCGCCGGCUUGAAAUGGGGCAACGAGGCCAUAGCAUCGUACUCGCAGUACUUUCAUCUGGUAGCUUGGGUAGCACCGACCGUGCAAACAGUUUGGGCGUAUAUUUCGGGCGGCGUCGCCGGUGACCCGGUGGCCGGAGUGUGCACGGUCGCGCCCGAAGGUGUGCGCAACUUCAUCCUGGCGCCUCUGUUCGUCUAUCUUCUGCUCGGCACGAGUUUCCUGCUGGCCGGUUUCGUCAGUCUUUUCCGAAUUCGAUCGGUCAUCAAGCGCCAGCCCGGCGCCAAGGCGGACAAACUGGAGAAACUAAUGAUACGGAUCGGCGUGUUCAGCGUUCUUUACACACUGCCGGCCGGCGUGGUGCUGGCCUGUCACAUCUACGAAUCGUCCUUGCGAGACGAAUGGCUCAGUUCGCUGGCGUGUCCCUGCCGGCCGCGCGCAAGACCUCUCUACUUCGUCUUGAUGCUCAAGUACUUUAUGGCUCUCGCGGUCGGCAUCACCUCGGGCGUCUGGAUCUGGAGCAGCAAGACGGUAGACUCCUGGAGACGAUUGUGGAGGCGUUUGUUCGGCGGUGAUCGCAGUCCAGGCGGUCACAUGAGCGGCGCCGGCAUGGUGGCCGGCGUGACGGGUGUCAGCGGCGGAAUAGGCAGCGUCGGCAUCAAGGGCGUCGUAGGCCGUGGCGUCGGGAUGCCGUAUCCACCGGCUCCGGGCCCCGGCAGCGCUCUUCUACCACCCGGAAGUGUCGCGAGCGCGUCUCAGCACCACCUGCAUCAUCAUGUACUCAAGCAACCGCCACUUUCGCACGUAUGACGUCACCAGUCGGCGGGGGCGACAUGAAUACCGCUGGUUGCGGCGAGCAGCAACAGGAGCGGCCUUCCGCCCUCAGCAAUUACGGGCCCAUCUAGCCCUUCGCCUCGGCCUCGCGCAGGCACAACGCGACGCCGCACACGGCGCCACACACGGCGCCGCACACGCCUCAUUCGGCGGCGACCAUCUACUCCAGGAGAUCGCUCGCGUCCACGACGGGGCCGCUGACGCCGGCGCACGGAAUCGCGCCGUCCUACACGCAGGCCACCGAGGUGUGAAAGACAGCACGGUUGGAGAUUGGACGACCCACGGCGGCUCACGGAUGGACGACGAGUGGCCGCGGUGCUUCACGAUUACCCAAUAUACGUAUUAGCCUGUACGUGUCUUCUGCCGCGGCAAUCUCGAGGUGUCUUCUCUGCCACUUGGAUCAUUGACAGUUUUCCGAGUGUCUUGUUGGUGUAUUGUCGAUGACAAACGUUGGUGGAUUCUUGUGAAAAGGUACGUUGCAAAAAGACGAUUCCUUGGUGUACGGUGAUCGGUGAUCAUCGGCAGGGAGGAUCGCUCGAGUGCCGCGGUGUAGUGAGAUUGUGAUUUAAAAGAAAGACUUCGCGAGCGUGCGCGCACGCGAGAACGUGCGGUGUCGAUAGGUUUCUUCGUCUAUCCAUAUCUAUCUAUCUCUUUCUCUAAUCUUUCUUACAUUCUUUCGUAAAAGCGGCGCUCGUAAGGCCCGCUUUUAGGCCUCGUCUACAAUCAAGUCGGAAGAUGCUUGUCGGAUGUCGCUAGUCGUAUGUCGCAGCUGUUUACUCAACAUACUAAUCUACAAUCAAAUUGUGUGUCGUUACGGUGAUAAAUCAAUCUUAGAAGAUCUUAGAGGUUAAAGUUGUAAAUAUAAGUUGUGGAUAAAAUGGAUAUUACAGAAUUGGUCGCAAUUUAUCAUAAUUUGUUUAUCAGUUACACACAAAUUCAAAAAAUACGAAGAAUUUUAAAGGAGAAACGUAAAAUCUCUCGAAGAUGGUGGGUAAAUAAAUGCACUUAUUGUCCUGAACGAUAUUUAUAAUAAUUUCAUCCACCGUUAUUUCUUCCGCCAUUGUUGCUGUUAUUGUCGUGUCGUUUUCGUAAAAGAUGAGACUUGACCAUCUUCCGAGCGACAACGACGUCCGGCUUUCGACAAGAACUUUACGGCAACCGACACUUAAAUACGCAUGCGUACGACAUACGACACCGUCUUCUGACUGAUUGUAGAUGAGGCUUUAGACCGUGUCCGUCUAACGUGUAUCGUCUCGUCUAUUUAUCUAAUCUAGCCGUAAAAAAUGCGCAUACGGAUGCAAAAGCGCGUACGCUGCAAGCGGCAGCUUCCUUCCCUCCCCAAAAGAAAGAAAACCAUCACGCCGUCGCAAUAUCACGUGCUGAGGUCCCUCUCCCAAGACCUUCUCGAAUUAAUCGUUCGCUAUUGCUACCCGUCGCAAUCGUGAAAUUCUGAAAGUAGCUUCGACGAAACCAGACUGCUGCUGCUGCUGCUGCUGCUGUUGGCAAGAAACGCGCGUAUAAAGUAGAAAUGAGUGUACAGGGUGGACGCUGAAGUAACAAAGCAAGCGGGAUGGACUACUGUAAAUAUUGUUUUUAGAUGUUAGUCGAUAACUGUAAAUAAAAUGGUCGUCAGAGAAAGUAGGAUGUUGAGACGCGAAGACGAUCGCGUUCGUGGUGAGCGCUACGUCUUUUCACAAACAAUCGUCAGCUAAAUCGCAAAAGUUAUCGCAUAUAGCUGGAAAAGAUCCGGAUUAAUUGGGUCGCGUUAUGCAACAUCGAACUAAAAUCCGUCGCUUUCACUAAUUUUUUUCGAGAUAGAUUACGUGCAGUGCUUUGACGCUUUAUUAAAAUAUUUAUAUAAUCACAUUAAACAUAUAUUUCCUUGUUUUAUUUAAUUAGAAUUUGUUAAUUGCGUCAGUUUGACGUAAUUCCAGAUCAGAUUGUUAAGAAUCGAUAAAUCGUCAAUUAUAAUCUUCGUUAACAAAAGUUUAAAGAAGAUUGAUAAAAUCAGAUCAUUUAUCAAUCAGAUUAUUUUGUUGAAUUUUUAAUUAAUAAGUUUUUAGAUCAUACACGGAAAAAAAAGUAGUGUCAAAUCAAAGCUUAUAUAAAAAGCUUAAAUAAAAAGUUAUUUACAUUAUUUAUUCCACUCAAACUCCUCUUUCAUCUCCUAGUUGGUUGACCUGACCUUUCGAAUCACCCGGUAUACGCAACAAUUUAUAAUCUUCCGAUGAGAAUUUAAUAAUCUUAAAUUUUCACAAUACUAUAGUCUUAUAUAUAU